AGAAGUUAAUAAUGGAACAUACGUAUGUCAUUUGUCGCCUAAAGAAGGCGCAACUGUAGCUCGGUUAGUUGGGAAAAAAUGCAGUGUUAAAUGUUUCCUCAAUGGGGUGGAGUCAACUGCUCUUUGCGAUACUGGAGCACAGGUAUCCAUAGUGCCUCGUGAUUGGGUCUUGAAGAACUUGCCUAAAGCUCAAUUGCGUAUUGUAGAGUCCCUUCUUAGGGCGAGUGAGCUAGAUCUAAAAACAGCCAAUGGGACAGCGCUACCAUAUGAUGGAUGGAUUGAAAUAGAUUUUAAAUUAAUGGGGGCAAAUCAUGAUUAG